UGAAACUAAAGGAAGAGGACGCCAGAGAUGAGCAUUAAGAAGGCUGGAGGGGCGAGAAUUAGACGUGUCUUUCUCCGACGGGGUUCCGACUAAAUGCUGGGGUCUCGGCACCGACGAAGAGCCAGGCUUUGGGAUUGGAUAGCGACCAGAUAGCGUAACAGCACCCCCGCCCCCCGUCAUCAUCUCCUCUGUUGAGAAUUGCGUUAAAAAAGGAAAGGCCUGAGCUUUGUCAACAUUACGGGAUUAAUAUAUUUUUUUAUUUUUUGAUUUUGUCCCCCCCUCCUUUAGAUUAAGAGGAACGGUUGCAGGCUGGUGUAUGUGUUUAGAAUGGGACACGCUGAAGGUCCAGUCAAAGAAAAAGACAGUUAAGGAUGCAGGAGCCCAACAAUGGAUUUCUCCUUCUCUUUCAUGCAAGGGAUCAUGGGAAAUACAAUUCAGCAACCCCCUCAGCUCAUUGACUCAGCCAACAUCAGACAGGACGGCUCCUGCGACACCGGCAGUGACCCGGGUGAGGAUAGCGGUCCCUCUUACGAUGCUGCCCUGGAUGCAGAGUUCUCUUACCCGCCGUCAGCCUCGGAGGACAUGCCGCAGGUCCCUAACGGCUACCCCCCGGGUCUGGGCCUGUACGAGCCCCAGGCCAAGUUCUCCAUGUACUCACAGUUCCCCAACGGCUCGGCUAAUGGCUACGGCGCCAUACGGAGCUACGGGGACCACGGCCUCCUGCCGGGGGAGGGAACUGUCCUGAGAGGACCCGGCCUCCAUGAGAGACCUCUGUCCCCCGUCUCUCCGCCGCUGUCGGUACAUCACCCGCACCUCCACCACCCCCAUCUCCAUCACCACCACCACACACACCCCUUCCAUUCGAACCCGCCCCACAUACAGACCCACUCGCACCCGCACAGCCCCCCGCCACCGCCGCUGCCACUGCCCGCCCAGCACCAGCUGUCCCAGACGCCUCACAUCAUGAGCCACAACCUGCCGCCGCCGCCCCCCUUACACCUGCCUUCCUCCAGCCCCCCGCCCUCCUUGGUGGACAGCACCCCGUCUUCUCAGCCCGCACUCGCUCCAUCCAACACCCCCGGUGGCGUGCUGAAGAAAACCAGCUCUCCAGAGAUCAAGCUGAAGAUCAUAAAGACGUAUCAGAACGGAAAGGAGUUGUUUGAGUCUGCGCUGUGUGGGGAUCUGCUGCAGGAGCUGCAGAAGGAGUCUCAGAAGAACGAAGCGACUCAAGUGCAGCGCAGACACGAGAGAAAGAAGGAGAAGAGGAAAAAGAGCGCGAGGUUGCAGCUUCAGGCUCAGCAGAGUGUGGAGCGGAGCCAAGAGCAAACCGCUUCCACGGCCCAGACAGAGGAGUCCAUCCAGCCGCAGUCAAGAGAACCGCCGCUGAGCGACCCGCCGCCGGCCCAGACGGAGAAAACUCAAAGGACUGUCAUCAAAACUGAACCAAAAACACAGAAGAUUCCUAAAGUCCAUCAUCCGUCGGUGAUCCAGGAGACGGGGUUCUGUAAGGAGUUUGUGAUCGGAGAUCUGGUGUGGUCCAAGGUGGGCACCUAUCCCUGGUGGCCCUGCAUGGUCUCCUCCGACCCACAGAUGAAGGUCCACACUCGCAUCAACACUAGAGGACACAGGGAGUAUCACGUCCAGUUCUUUGGCAGCGUCGCUGAGCGAGCGUGGAUCCACGAGAAGAGGAUAGUCACAUACCAGGGGAAGAAGCAGUUCGACGAGCUCCAGGCAGAGACGCUGCGCAAAGCCACAAACCCUGUAGAGAGACAGAAACUUUUGAAGCCCAUCCCUCAGAGGGAGCGGACUCAGUGGGAAGUAGGCGUCGGCCAUGCUGAGGACGCCUUUCUCAUGACGCGCCAGGAACGGAUCGACAACUACACCUUUAUCUACGUCGACCCGGACCCCGAAGACGCGCCGCCUACCAAGAAACCCAGCCUCCGUGCUGAAAAACGGAGCCGACGCUCCAGCGGCUCGGUCGGAAAGAAGGAGGAUGUCGGCGUGAAGUUGCCCGACAGAGAGCAGCCGCCGCGGAGGCAGCUGCCACGCCGGCAGUGCAGUAUUUCCAACACGGAGGACAGCUCGAACUCGCAGCCCGCUGAGGAAGAGAAGAACCAGAAGGGAGAACAGCAGAAGAAGAGUUCACCGCUGCAGAACGCCGGCUCUAAUGCAAAGCAGGAUUCGCCGCCACCGGUGGUCAGGCCGUGGAAAACGGCAGCAGCGAGGAAACUGCUGCCUCUCUCCAUCACCAUGAAGAGGCUGAACGUGGAGAUCACCAAGUGCGACUGGCCUCUCCUGCAGAAAAACAUCACGCAGUCCCCAAAGAAGGACAGAGAAGAAGAGAAGAAGGAGAGGGUGGAGAGAGAGGCCCGGCAGCCCGACCUGGGAUACUGCUCGCCUGACGACAGCAGAGCCAAACCUGAGCCCAGUCCAGAGGAGGAGGAAGAAGAGGGCGACGAAGGUGAGGAAGAGAGCGACGAGAGAAGAGGCUCUCCAGCCAGCAGGAGGAGCGAGUCAGCGAAUCGACAAAACUCUUCCCCUGGAUCGCCCAGCAGCAGUCCGCAAGGCUCUCAGGAGAGGAAGCCUCAGCGGCGGUCAGUCCGGAGCAGAUCUGAGUCAGAGAGAGGCACCGAUCCCAUCCCGAAGAAGAAAACUAAAAAAGAACAGGCUGAGAUGGCUCCAGAAACCACGCUGAAGACGGGAUCACAGAAAGGAGCCAGUGAGAUCUCAGAUGCGUGCAAACCGCUGAAGAAGAGAAGCAGAGCGUCAACAGACGUCGAAAUGGCUUCGUCUCAGUACAGAGAUACGUCUGAUUCCGACUCCAGGGGUCUCAACGACCCACAGGGAUUAUUUGGGAAGAGCCUGGACAGUCCAGCAGCGGCAGACGCUGACGCUUCUGACACUCAGUCUGUGGACUCCGGUUUGUCCCGUCAAGACAGCGGUACCGGACAGAGAGACACGGUGUGCCAGAUCUGCGAGGCGUACGGGGAGGGUUUGGUCGUGUGUGAAGGUGAUUGCAGCAGACAGUUCCACCUGGAGUGUCUCGGCCUGUCGUCUCCCCCGGAGGGCCGAUUCACCUGCACUGAAUGUAGAAAUGGCAAUCAUCCUUGUUUUAGCUGUAAAUCAGUUGAUCCGGAGGUGACUCGUUGUUCCAUGUCUGGAUGCGGAUGCUUCUACCACGAGGACUGUGUCCGGAAGCUGCCGGGCGCCACCAGCGGUUCUGGUGGAGGGUUCUGCUGCCCGCAGCACAGCUGCUCCACUUGCUGUCUAGAGCGAGACCUGCAGCGAGCCAGCAAAGGCCGUCUGAUUCGUUGUAUCCGCUGCCCGUUGGCUUAUCACCCCAGCGACGGCUGCCUGGCCGCCGGCAGCGUCAUCCUCACCCAUCACAUCAUGAUCUGCAGCAACCACGGCAGCGCCAAGAAGAACGGCCUCCUCUCGUCCCCCGUCAACGUCGGCUGGUGCUUUCUGUGUGCCAGAGGGCUGUUAGUGCAAGACCUUACUGACACCAUAUUAAGUUCAUAUGCCUAUAAGUCCCACUACCUUCUGACUGAGUCAAAUCGUGCUGAGUUGAAAUUACCUAUGAUUCCCUCUCCUUCGUCAGCUACCAAAAAGAAUGUUGGGAAAGGAGGAAAGUUGCUGUGCUGCGACUCAUGCCCAGCUUCCUUCCAUCCGGAGUGUCUGGAGAUGGAGAUGCCCGAAGGCGCGUGGUCCUGCAGUGACUGCAGGGCGGGGAAGAAGCCUCACUACAAACAAAUUGUCUGGGUCAAACUUGGAAACUACAGAUGGUGGCCGGCUGAGAUCUGCAACCCUCGCUUGGUGCCGUCAAACAUCCAGAGCCUUCGCCACGACAUCGGCGACUUCCCGGUCUUCUUCUUUGGUUCCCACGACUACUACUGGAUCAACCAGGGCCGCGUGUUCCCAUACGUAGAGAACGACAAGAACUUUGUCACGGGUCAGAUCAACAUCAACAAAACCUUCAAGAAAGCUCUGGAAGAAGCAGCUCGGCGGUUUCAGGAGCUCAAGGCUCAGAGGGAGAGCAGGGAAGCUCUGGAGCAGGAGCGCAACUCCCGCAAACCUCCACCAUACAAAAUCAUCAAGUCCAAUAAGCCAGUGGGUAAGGUGCAGAUGCACGUGGCCGACUUGUCAGAAAUCCCUCGAUGCAACUGCAAACCAACAGAGGAGCAUCCUUGCAGCUUCGACUCCCAGUGUCUCAACCGUAUGCUGCAGUACGAGUGUCACCCACAGGUGUGUCCUGCAGGAGACCGAUGUGAGAAUCAGUGCUUCUCCAAGCGGCUAUCUGCAGAAACUGAGGUGGUGAAGACGGAGGGCUGCGGCUGGGGGCUCAGAACGAACCAAACGCUCCGCAAGGGUGACUUUGUGACCGAAUACGUGGGAGAGGUUAUAGACUCGGAGGAAUGCCAGCAGCGAAUCAAACGAGCCCACGAAAAUCACGUGACCAACUUCUACAUGCUCACCCUAACCAAGGACCGAGUGAUAGACGCCGGCCCAAAAGGAAACUCGUCUCGCUUCAUGAACCACAGCUGCAGCCCCAACUGUGAAACCCAGAAGUGGACGGUGAACGGAGACGUUCGCAUCGGGCUCUUCGCCCUCUGCGACAUCGAGGCUGGCACAGAGCUGACAUUCAACUACAACCUACACUGUGUGGGCAACCGGAGGAUGUCCUGCCACUGCGGAUCCGACAACUGCUCGGGGUUCCUCGGCGUUCAGCCGACGAGUGCCGUGGUGAUGGAGAAGGAGGAGAAGGCUAAGAACGCCAAGCUGAAGCCCAAGAAGCGGAAGCUGCGGCCGGAGGGCAAACACACACACGAGUACGUCUGUUUCUGCUGCGGAGAAGGAGGAGAGCUGGUGAUGUGCGACAGGAAAGACUGUCCGAAAGCGUAUCACCUGCUGUGUCUCAACCUCACCAAGCCGCCAUACGGACGCUGGGAAUGUCCAUGGCACGACUGCAGCGUAUGCGGCGCCUCGGCUUCGUCCCUCUGCGACUUCUGCCCCCGUUCAUUCUGCCGGGACCAUGAGGCGGGGGCGCUCACCACCUCCUCUCUGGACGAACGCCUCUGUUGCUCCAACCACGACCCGCUCAGCCCGCUGGGCUCCGGCUCGACCCAGCCGCGACGCUUCGAUCGGAGCCCCGCCAGGGUCAAAGAGGAGUCUAAAGAGUGAAGCCGCAACUUCCACUAUACCUCAUUCCCAGCGAAGUGCUCUCUGACGUCUGCAGCGGCGCACUUCACAAAGGGGAUACAGUGUUUUUGUUUGUUUUUCUGUUUUUUAAGCGGUGCGAUAGCCGGCGCUAGCGGCUGGGACACGCCGAUGAACUGAUGCUGUUGGCAGAGAGAGCAGAGCGACUGAAGGAACGACACGGGAAGGUGACUGAGCAUAAUCAUGCGCUGUUUUCUCUCCUCUCUCGCCAUAAAAGAUAAAAAUAGUUACACUUUCUACAGCUCACCUGCGCCCUCUGGAGGGCCCAGACCUUACUGCGUUUCUUCUUCUUUUACUGUUGGCGCUUUUUUGUCACAUUUAAAUGUUUUGCAUCAUCAGACAAAUUUUAAUAUCAAGCACAAUCUGUUUGAAUCCAAAAACAUUAAUUCAAAAGAUGAUUUGAUUUAUUUAAAGGGGGGAAAGCUAAUCAAAGGAACCUGGCUAAAGGUAGGAAAAUAAUUUCUCACUAAUACUUGGAUAUAAAUAUUUUAUAUAUUCUUUGCUGUGUUUCAGUUCAAACACAGCAAAGUUUUGAGCAUCAGUGACAUAAUGUCAUAGUUUCUCCAUCUGAAUGAGCUCCAGACUUUGACCAGACCUGGAAAUAAGUUCAAUUUGUCUUAAUUCAAGUGUAAUAAGAUAUUUGCACUAGAAACCAGAAAUCCUUGGUAAGGUUUUGUGUUUUUCCAGUGAAUCUACAAUCUAUAGAAAUAUAAUUGUAACCAUUAUCAGACUGAUCAGUGACUGAUAAGAUGGUUUUUGAGAUAUUUUGGCUUAUUUUAAUCUGUUAAACUGUUGAUCACCUGGGAUUAAUUUCCUGUUAAUUGAUGAUUUAUUAGGUGUAGACAGGUACAUCUUCACAUAGACUCAGGUUGCUGUGAGCAGCUUUUUCUUUCCUCUGUAAAUAUCAUCAUUUGAAAGCAACUUUUUGUGUUCAGUUAGAUUAUUUAGCUCUGAUAUUAAACAUUAUUUGAUCUAAAACAUUUAAAUGUGACUGAAAAACCAGAGAAACCUGUGAGGAGGUGAACACUUUUUCCACAGUCCUGUAAGUGUUCGGCGCUCUGAAGAUCUCAAAGGCUAGAGAGGAGGAAGAGGAGGAAGAGGGGAAGUGCUACGUCGAACCUCUCCACCCGCCGUGCUGCUCUCCUCCCCCGUUUACCUGCUGUAAACGACGUAGACGAGGCAGCUCUUCUUCAUUGCCUCUGACACAAUCCGCCACCCUACUUCUUUUUUCUCGUCAAAAAAGAACUCGGAAAAAUGACCAAAUUUGUGCAAUUUUACUUUUUUUUGUUUGUUUGUUUUUGUUUUCCAGGACCACACUACAUUCCAAUCUUCCUUGAACAUGCUUUUUAAUAUACUUAUGGGGUAUAGAUGAAUAUAAUUAUAUACAGUAUCUAUGUUUGUUAAUGUUUACAGACAGAUUUCUCUCACUUCAUCUCGGUGAGUGGUGUAUUACGUUUGUUUGUUUCGGUGUUGAACAUUACGCAGACCUCUUUGUGAAAAUAGUCCUAUUAAGGUGAAAUAUAAUGGUAUAUAGUGUAAUGGUAUGACAUUACAGAAGUACUUGUGAUUUCAUAUUGCCAGUCCCACUCGCCAUUGUGUACAUAAUUGGCUCACCAUAUUGUAAAGUACUUAAAAAUCAGGACGGCGGAGGCUCUUCUGUCACGUCUGGAAGAAGAACUUCUUGGUUUUUUGGGGAUUUUUUUCAAUGUUCUCACGCGUCCUUUCAUUCCCGUUACCUGUAUAGUAAAUGGAGAGGCGGGGGAGCCAGCUUGUGAUCACUGGUGCUGUGUUUCAAGUAUUGUUAAUAAGCCUUAAGUUUUAAUUUUCAGCACGCUGCAGAGGGUUGCAGCUCAUUUCAGUUGUUUCAUUUCACCCGUGUACUGUGACGGCGUUUCUUUUUAUGUUUUUGCCAAACCUAUGAAAAGCACUUUCACACGGGCAGACACAGAAAUACACGGACAGGACAAGUAUUUCAAAAAAACAGAUACCUCUUCUUGUUAUAACAUUGGAGUUUAAUCUGUGUUGUGACUGUUUUUGCCUCUUAGCUGGAAACAUUGUGAAUGCUAGGUCUCCUUUUUCUCUCUUUUUAAACAAAAGUGGCCUAAUUGCUAGGAGUUUAUUUUGUUGUUGUUGUUUUGGACAGAGGGGGGCUUAAAUAGGAAUAAACUGCCACCCCAGCUUUGGAUUUAAACAAGAGAAAAAAUCCUCCAGAGGCACUUCUUUUUGUUUGUUUGCAGGAAGAAAUGGUGUAACAGCAAUCCAGUCCAGUAUGAUGUACAAACACACACUUCUGUACAGUGUUUUUAAAUUGCUCAUCAAGUCAGAACUAAAGUUUUUGUAUUUAUUGCACCGCAUUUUAUACAGUUUUUUUUUUUUUUUCAAACACCAGUGCAGUAACUCGUCUCCCUUCUCACCAAGGUGUAACGAACAUAGAUUAUGAAAUAAUGAGAUAAAAAAAACACACACACACACGGGGAGUUUUACGUUUUAUGCCUGUAUCUAACCAUUUUCUUACAUUUGGUGUAAUGAUUCCACAUUUGGUGACAGCAGAUGCUUGUCGGCCUGUAUUAUGACUCACUGUAAUCGGUGUUUUAACGCAGUUCGGUAUUGAAAUGUGAGGGGUUUUUUGUUGCAGAUAAAUGUAAUCAUGACAGGAUGAGAGAAUUUUCUGUAAUCAUGUCUGCUUUUCUUUGUUUUUGCCCAUGGAAGAAAUUUUUGGGGGUCACAGGGUGAAAAAGGUCCAAUGUUGCCAUGUUCUUUCCUUUAAAGUGUCUUUAAACUUGCUGUUGCUUUUGUUUUUUGUUUUUCAGCAGGGCCAGUGUUGCAGCUUUUCAGCAGUUAUUGGCUAAAAUAUUAUACGUGAAAUCCUCCUUUUUAUGUUGCUCGAGUCACAUAGUUAAGACCUGGAUGAAUUGCAGAUAAUUGCAUUGAAAGAUUUAUUUUUAGGACUAUUUUUGCUCUUCUCCUGUAGUUUAAGCUUUCUUUUCCCCUAUUAAACUUGUAGCUGAAUGUAUGAAAAAAAAGGAAAUAAUUAGGAUAUUUCUUUUGAACUCCAGUUUUGUUGGAGGUUUUCACAUUUUCACCUCAAAUCUUUAACAAAUCAAAUAAUCAGAAAAAUUACACAUUGGAGUUGAGCUAAUUAUAAAACUAAUCCAAAGUGCUGGAAGUGAUCCAUGCUCUGUUUUUUUUUUGUUUUUUUUUUGCUUUAAUAGUACUUCUUUAGUGCAUCAUUAAGGCACUUUCCUUUGCGAACUAAAAACUUGAUGUUUCUGUACGUCUUUGCUUUUCUCACAUAAGCCUCCUUGUUGCUUGAGGGAAUGUCUUCUGGUUUUUGUGGUUGUAUAAUUCCCACUGAAGCCUCUGUUUUUGUUGUAAUGGUGAAUGUUGUCGAGCUGGAGUGCAUGCUUCCAACAUCAGACGAUUCCAAUCGAUGCCAAUGUUUGGCUGUAUUUGUUACUUUUGUUUUGAUUUUCACCACAUUGCACAGAGAUUCUGCAAAAAGAAAAAAUACCCAAACAGCCUUUAUUUUUUUACAUUUUUUUUGCACCUGUAGAUCGCAUGAUUGCACUCGCAUCUUUAUGCCAGUUGGUCUCCUCCUGCCCUGCUGAGCUGAUGCAGCUGAAGUGUUACUGCUUUAAUCGUCGCUCCGUCUGGUUUUAUGUUUUUAUUUUCUCCUUUAAGUGACCCUUAACUCUGAUUUUUGUUUUAAAUCUACCAAGGAACACCCAAUCCUUCUCCCCUUUGUUUGCCAAAGGGAAUGUUUCAGUUCACUGACGUCUUUUUUUUUUUUUUUUGUGCAAUGUUGGGCCGUCUGUCGUUGAGGUCUCACCUGACAUCCUGUCCAAUAGUGUUGGAAUAAAUGAGUAAUUUCACCUACAUAAGCACUCUUCAUCUCUUCUGACUCGUAGGAAACCUGCUCACAGUAACUCUGACUGGGGUCAUAUCUAUCUCUCUUGGUGUUGCUUCGAUUAAACCGUGGAUGAACACACACCGCCAUGUUGACUACCUGUGUUGCUGCAUACCACACACACAUUGUCGAGGAACUUGUAAAUACUUUGCAUUGAAUUUGCAUAGACUCAUGUUACUGUGGUGUGCUCUUUUUUUAUUUUUAUUUUUGCCUGUAAAAUUCUGCUUCUAAAUGUGUGUGACUGUUGAGAAGACACUCUUCUUUUUGUACAUGAUCUGUCUUUUUAUUUGAAGAUAUUGAUUCUGUCCUUUUUCAUUCUGAAGUUGAGUUUGAAGAGUUCAGACAUGCCUGAAGUUUGACUUUAAUAAAGCUGUACUCUGUCUCAGUGAAA